UUUUUACACCACAUUUGGAAUUACGCGCGCUUACGUCACUGCGCACGCUCAUAUUCCUGUGCACUAUUGACAUGACAGAUAUCUUAACCUCAAAACUGUUAUUUUUUUAGCAUUUUAUAACUUUUGUCUUAUUUGAGAGCGACGAUUCUAACUUUCAUUCAUUUAUAAUAACCCCACUGAAUGUACUUUGCGUGCUAUACUGUGCUACACAUUUCUAAAGAUGGCGUCGAUAUAACCCACAUACGUUCUCCUGUGUUCUCAUAAUUUGUGUAUAAUUGGCAAAAACGAUUGAAAUGUCCUUUAAAUAUUAUUUCAAGAUAAUAUUUGUGAGACACGUAGUAUACAAGAGAGAGAAGCUUGCCUUAUUUUUUAAAGACUUGCACAUUAUAUGAGAUCAGGAUAAAUAUUACCAGCAUGAGGAAAUAUUAUCAAGCUGCUCUUGUUCUAACAGCAGUAAUAAGUCUCAUAUCUUUGCUCAUCUAUAGGCAUCAGUACAAUAAACUAAGAUAUGUCUUAGAAGUCUUUAACUACUUUGGCAAGCAUGAGUCAAGAGGAGCUAAUAACAGUUGCAUAAGUCUUAACUCAACAUUGACCUCAUUCAAUCCCAAAUUCGACGAACCAAUUCCUUCUUGGCAACGUCUGGAAAAUGAUCUGUAUGUGUAUUCUGCAUAUAAUAUUAAUUACCAGUCACACAAAGAAAUACGAGCAAUUGGAGUUGGGAUUAUAACUAGUGUCUUGAAUAUGCAAUGUCUUAUUUUCUUUGAAAAUGAAAGUAAACCUAUAUUAGGAAACUUUAACUUUAUACCUAUCAGUAAGUAUUCCUCAACUGUGAACAAUUCGACGUAUAGAGGAUAUCAUUUUGUUUGCACGUACAGCAGCAAUGAGAUUCCCACUGGAAUAACAUUUGUCACAAAGUCUAAUAGGUAUCUCAAUUAUGCUCCUAUUCUUCCUAUAAGAAUAUUACCACAGCAUCGGGAUGCUAAUAACAGAGUAGGUGUGUGCGUGCUGCAAUCGUCAGUAAAAUCGAUGUUGCCUAGUAUGAUGAAUAUGAUGGGCUUUAUCAGCUUUCACACAUCGAUUGGAAUGGAUAAUUUCAUUAUAUACGACAGUGGAACACCAAGCAAAUUUAACAGCGGAUUAAAGAAGAUGGCAAAUGAUCCAUACACAGUUCAAAGAUUUACAUACAUAGUUAUACCGUGGAACUUUCCUUUCACGGAGAUUGAUGAGAUAAUCACGAAAGAAGUCGCAGUAGCAGAUUGCUUGUAUCGGUCAUAUAACAGUGUUACUUAUUCUAUUAUUCUUUCGUGGAACGAAUAUGUAGUUCCAAGAUAUCAUCGUACAACGGUCGAUCUGAUAAUGGACAUUAAAAAAACCGAAUCCACGUUUGAUCGUUAUAGGAUGAAAGCUAAAUUAUUCUGCACGCAACAAUCUGACAAUGAAAAGUACGCAAAUUCUACACAGACGUUGUUCAAAAAGACAAAAUCCAGCGUUGCUUCCAAAGAUAGCUUUGUUUACAUAUAUCAUCCACACAAGAUGGUACAUGCUGAAUUACAAAAUUAUCACAAAAUACGAACCACGAAUAUAAGAGAAAAUUUAAUUUCGGUGCAUCUUUAUAAGCAUUGUGAGGGUGGUGAAGAUGUUAAAUUUGUAGAAGACAACACAGCGCUCAGAUUUGUUGAAAACCUGCAAAAUUCGUGGAUCUUUAAGAAAUAUCGUGAACUUUACGAUCUUAUGUGAACAUAAAAUAAUACAGAUUUCAACACAACUCUAAGAGAUUAGCUAAUUGUACAAACUUUUUGAAGAUAAUGCUUUGUUUAUCAUCAUGCAUAUGCAUACGCACACACACACUCUUGACUCUUUGUGUGUGUUGUACAUAUGUUAUAAACAUUUCAGAAUUCUUUACACAGUCUUUCAUACAAAAAGUGCCUUAAUUACACCAUAUAAAUUAGCUAAUUAAAUAUUUUGUAUAUUUUAGAUUAUAAGCUAUAAUAAAGCAUUGCUUGUUUCUAAUAGA